ACUCCGGAUCCGGAUCUCUGCGCCCGCACGCGCGCUCCCGGGACUGCGCUGCUUCGUGUUUUCACGCAGGACGAGUCCACGAUGGGAGGCUGAGCGUGGACGAGCGUUUGGAUCAUUUCAGACUCGAGGAUCCCGCGAGAAAAUUACACAGUGGAUGCCUGGAGCCAUGAAUGUCGGAGGACCUCCGUCGAAGCCGUCCAAUGGGGUGUCGCGCUCGGACAGCAAACUCAGCGCCAAGGCCUUGUACGAACAGCGGAAAAAAUACUCCAACUCCAACUACAUCAUGCAGGAGACGUCGCAGUACCACGUCGAGCAUCUCUCCACGUUUAUCAUGGACAAAAGUGAAUCCAUCGCCACCGUGGACGACGCCAUAAAGAAACUGGCUCUGCUGGACAAAAAGGACAAGAUCUGGACUCAGGAGAUGCUGCUGCAGGUGACGGACCAGGCGGUGCGGCUGCUGGACUGUGACACGCAGGAGGAGCUGGAGAACUUCCCCAUGUCCACCAUCCACCUGUGCCAGCCCGUCCUGAACAAGACCCGGUACCCGUCUGUGCUGCUGCUCGUGUGCCAGGACCGAGACCAGCGCCACCCGGACGUGCACUUCUUCCACUGCGACGAAGUGGAGGCAGAGAUGGUUUACGCUGACAUCGACAGCGCCAUCGGGGACAACAAACACGGGAGGAAGAUGAGGGUCCAGACUCUGAAGGUGAAUCAGGAGAAGAUGAAGCGACACAGAGAGACGAUCCUUCCGCCGUCCGCCACCAAGAGCCCCACCCCCAAAAAACACGUGGCCGCCUCCCACUCGUACGAACCUGAGUCUCGAGAGAACCUGGCUCAGCUCAUCGAGAAGGACGUGCAAAUCCUGAACUGUGCCCUGGACGACAUCGAGAUCUUUGUGGCGCGUCUGCAGAAGGCGGCCGAGGCCUUUUCCCAGCUCCGCCAGCGCAACAAGAGUAAGAAGAACAAGAAGAAAGCUCCAGCAGAGGGGAUGUUGACUCUGAGGGCGAAGCCUCCGUCUGAAGCCGAGUUCAUCGACAGUCUCCAGAAACUCAAACUGGCGCUGAACCUUCUGGCCAAACUGAAGAAACACAUACAGAACCCCAACGCCCCCGAGCUGGUGCACUUCCUGUUUGGUCCUUUGGAGCUGGUGCUGCAGAGCUGUGGCAGUCCAGAACUGGCCCGCUCCGUCAUCUCCCCGCACCUGUCCAGAGAUACUGUGGACUUCCUCAGGGGCCACCUGACGCCCAAAGAGAUGACCAUCUACGAGCUGCUGGGAGACGGCUGGACCAAGCCCCGAGCAGAGUGGCCCCCGGAGCUGUGCGGGCCCCCAUACUUCCCUGUGUUCAGAAACGGCUGGGAGCCUCCAGUGGACCACUUCAGAACGGCCCCAUGGGAAACAGAGGGGCCCCUGGACCUGAGCCGGUCCCCUGGUCUGGGCUACAAGGGCCCCUCACCUGAGUUUUAUGAGACACAUUCGUCGGGUUCUUCAAACGGAUCUCACGCUCGGAAAUACGCCAAAAUCCAAUACCAUUUUGUGGCUCGAAACGCCAACGAACUCUCAGUGCUGAAAGACGAAGUCCUGGAGGUGAUUGAAGAUGAUAAACAGUGGUGGAAGUUGAGGAACCGCAGCGGUCAGUCGGGUUUCGUCCCCUUCAACAUCCUGGAAGUGGUGGACGAGUCUGAGGCCGCGGGCUACAGACCGAUGAGUCCUCUGGAGUCUUCAAAGAACGAGAAAUCCCCAAACCACAUUAUGGAUCGGGUGAAUAAUGAGCUGCUGAUCGCCAUCACGUCCAACAAACCCCAGGUGAAGAAGUUCCACGUUCCUCAGAAGCCUCACGUUCCUCUGGCUCAGGACUCCAGCCCCGAGCAGGUCAUCACCUGGCUCCAGUCCAAAGGCUUCUCCAAACCGACGGUGGAGUGUCUGGGCAUCCUGACGGGCGCUCAGCUCUUCUCCCUCAACAAAGACGAACUGAAGUCCGUGUGCGGAAACGAAGGAAACCGCGUCUACAGCCAAGUGACGGCCGAGAAGGCCAAACAGGAGCAGAACAACAGCGGCACGUCUGAGCUUCAGGAGGUGAUGAAGAGACAACAGGAGCGCAUCAAGUCCAACGCCGACGACUGAAGCCGCCGAGUCCCGUCGCGCCCGUAGACUGUGUGCACAAACGGACAAACAGGAAGUGAGCGUGGGCGCGCUCCCGGCUCCAGACAGUCUGGCUCCAAUUGACUUUACACUGACAAACCGUCGGCCGUCGCUCUGUAACUGCUGCUGUGAACCUCGUCGUUUUGGCUUUAAAUUGUUUUUUAUUUUAAACUAUUUUUUCAGUAUUGCCGUUAAAUCAAGAUAGAAACAUGAAAACAAAUCAGACGCUUCUUUCCUCGAGGUCGAUCCGCUCGCGUUCAACAGCCGCGCUCCUGAUUGUCGUUAUUUUUGGGACAUGGGGCUCGACUUGGACUUGAAGGUCAAUGAUUCGGGACUUGACUCGGACUUGAGGCCUGUGACUUGAGAAGACUCGAUGCUUCGCCUAAAAAAAAGUUUUCUCUUUACAUUUGAUAAAUGUGAAGCUGAAUUUUACAGAAACAAAGAGGAACAUGUCGCUCCCACUUCUGUUUGUACUUUGGAUGGAACUGAAGUACUGAGAUAUUCAAAAGUACUACAGUAAUAUACAGUAAUACACAGUAAAAUACAGUAAUUUACAGAAAUAUACAGAAAUAUAAAGGACAAUAGAGUAAAACAGAAGGAGCUACACAGAACAUGAUCGUUUAAUUUCAGUGCAAACUUCAUGAGAAAAUAUCUGUGAUUUGUCACUUUUAAAUCUGAAUUCUUUCUGUUCUGAUCAUAAUGAUUCAUAAUAAGAUUUUGUUAAGACGUUUAAAAAGGAAAAAUCAGCAUUUCUACGACUCUUAUCGAAAUACUCUUAUAUAAAUAACCCCUGACUUUUUAAGUAAAAUUUAGUUUAAAAUUCAUAUAAAUUACAAAAAUCUAACUUAUAUUUGUUUAAAGAUUUGAAAUGACUUGAAGCUCAAAGCAGACGACUUGGACUUGACUUGGACUUAGGGGCCAGUGACUUGAGACUCGACUUGGACUUGGACCUGUCUUUGUCUUGGGACUUGACUCGGACUUGAGGUCAAAGACUUGAGACAAAAACAAAGACUUGGUCCCUCUUCUGAUACUCGUGGUCGGAAUUCCAACUUAUCCCCAGAUGAGCCGCUGUAACCGGAGCGGCUGCGUUCCCCAGAUCUAUGUUCCCCAGAUCUAUGUUCCCCAGAUCUAUGUUCCCCAGAUCUAUGUUCCCCAGAUCUAUGUUCCCCAGAUCUAUGUUCCCUCUUUUCUAAGGUUUUUGUUUUGUUUUUUCCCAGAAUGAGUCUCUACGUUCCCACAUUUAUUUAUCAUCAGUUUUCAUCAGAUUUUGUCCCAGUUUCUCUCAGUUUGGUCGUGAGUUUCACCAACCUGUUCUCCAGCAGCAGAGACCACAGACGUGACCCGAGGUUCAAACGACCCGAGGUUCAAACGACCCGAGGUUCAAACGACCCGAGGUUCAAACGACUCUGAAUCAUGCCUUUAAAUGUAUUAUGAAAAUAAACAUGACUUGAGUUUCAUUUUGAGAAAAUCUUAGAAAUGAGUGAACAUAGAGCUGUGGGACCUUAGAGCUCACAAACCCACUGUCACCUUCGUCUUCACCUUCGUCUUCGUCACUCGUCUUGUACAUUCUGAGUGUAUAUUUAUUUUGUAUCAUUCAGUGUUUAUGUAAUUCUAUAAUGUAAAAGUGAUUGACAGACUGG